AACUUGACUCUCCCCCACGCGAUAUUCACCACUUUUCACUUUUUCCCACUUUCUAAAAAAAUUAUGGCUGGACCUUACGACACAAUCAUCCAAAACGGUAUCGUCAUUGACACUUUGUCAAAAGUCGAGCUGAGAGCCGAUGUUGCUAUCAAAGACGGCAAGGUGGCCGCUAUCGAGCCCAGCAUUCCCUCUGAGCAAGCUAACGAAGUCGUUGAUGCCACUAAUCAGUAUGUGUGCCCUGGACUGAUCGAUAUGCAUACACACGUAUACUGGGGUGCCACCUACUGGGGUAUCGAAGCAGAUGCUCUAGCUGCCAAUACCGGUGUGACGACCUGGGUUGACGCUGGCAGUGCUGGAGCUUACACCUUCCCUGGUUUCCGCCGUUAUAUCAUUGAACAAUCUCAAUGCCGUGUCUUCUCCUUGUUGCACGUAUCAGCACUUGGAUUGACUGCCAGAACAUUCGAGCUUACCAUCGAUGAGUUUGUGGACGUCGAGAUGGCUGUGAAGACCAUUCAAAGCAAUACCGACGUUAUCAAGGGUAUCAAGGUUCGCCUGGAUCGUGAUGCCACCAAUGGUACAGGUCUUCGCGGUAUGGAGCGUGCUCGUCAAGUCUCAGACCAAACUGGAGUUCCAAUCAUGAUCCAUAUUGGUUUGUCUCCUCCUGAUUUGAGCGAAUUUGUACAAUAUAUGAAGAAGGGCGAUAUUCUUACCCAUUGCUGUACGGGUUUAUCCAACAAACUUGUCAGCGACAACGGAGAUAUGCUCCCUGUAUACCAUCAGUUGAAGGAGAAGGGUGUUGUCUUGGAUUUGGGACAUGGGUCUGGUAGCUUCCAUUUCACCUCAGCUGAAGCCAUGGCCAAGCAUGAUAUUUUACCCGAUGUCCUCAGCAGCGAUUUGCAUCAAGUGUCGCGAUUCGUUAAUGUUUAUGACUUGCCAACCACCCUUUCCAAAUAUCUGAACAUGGGCAUUCCUUUGACUGAAAUCAUUGCUCGUGCGACCAUCGCUCCUGCUGCUGUUAUCAAGGAAACUCAGUUAGGUCAUCUGAAAGUUGGCAACCCUGCCGAUAUUGCCAUUUUCCGCAUUGAUGAAGGAGAGUUUAUGUUCAAGGAUGCUGCUAAUACUGAACGCAUUGGAAAGAAGAUGUUGGUGAAUACAGCAACGUAUGUCGACGGUGUGAAGUUGAAGGCCGCCAAGGAAACAGCUACGCAUCCUUGGGUUGUCCGUGACUUGUCUGUUGUCGCUGCUCUUAACGAAAAGAACGAGGAUGUCCACAUGUGUUAAAUACCUAGAUACGUUGAGUUGUGAAUAAAACAAAAUGUAUUAUAGAAGUA